GGUUCGAUCAUCAUUGGUCGCCGAUCGCGAUCAAAACGGAAAAAUUAAAUGAAAGAGAAACCCGAUCGUGACGCAUUCGGCAAAUCCAAUCCGUCUUUAAUAUUCAGUUGAUUCACAACUUUUCAAAGCUCAAAAACUUGACUCGAUCAUGUAUGUCAACUAAGAUUCGAUAAAAGGCGGGAAACUGGAAAACAGUGAUAAUAAUAAAUUUGUUUAAUUUAAAGACCUAGUUUGUAUUGCUCCCGACGUGGGAUGUUAUUUCAAUAAAACAAAACGAUUUCAUUAAGUGCGUGGGUGAUGGCGAAAAUAAAGACUGUGAUAACUUAAAAGUGGAACUCGAUAGUCGUGCUGUGAGUGAAGUUUCUAAUAGAUAAGAAGUGUGUAAGAACAAGUGAUAAAAGUUAGAAAAAAUCUGGGUUGUUUAUCAGUCAGUUAUGAAACAGAAUGAAAUUCUAUUCUGACGUAUCUUGGGAAUGUCCUUCACGUAAUUAGAUUGAUUUUUUCAUGAUGCGGAAGAUCAGAUCUUUUGGCGAACUUGGUUCCAGGAUUUAGGAUGAGGAAGUCUUCUAGUGUUAGGGAAGUGAUCGAGUGAAGAAUAGUGUUUGAAGUGAAGAGAGUGAAGGUGUGAUAUUUAACUUUAACUAAAAUUAAGAGGAAGUACAAUUAAAUCGAAUUAUAACCUAGGUAGGGAGGGCUCGUGUUGGUGUCAGGUUUUAAGAAAUCACGACGUCAUACGUGGAAGAUUUGAGCGAAUCGGAGGGGCGCUUAAUCGCCGAUGGAAUGCAUCUCCCAGUGGGAUCCGUGACCUGUGGGGAGAAUUACGGUUCCCUUGGCACCCACGAGGGCGCCGGACCAGUUGGAUCAUCCUUGGCGCCUCUUCAGGGAUUGAACUCGAGGUACCAAGAAGACGGGGUCGGUGGGGGUGGAGGUGGCGAGAUGAGCGAGGGUGCCGCCGUCGGGGACCUCUGGUGGACCGAAAGGCUCGUCGGCGAGGCUCAAGCCGAACAUCCUGGUGAACUUGUCAGAACUGGUUCUCCUUAUUUUCUGUGCAGUCAACUUCCAACUCAUUGGAGAUCUAACAAGACACUUCCGGUUGCUUUUAAAGUCGUGGCUCUUGGAGAAGUUGGUGACGGAACUAUGGUAACUGUUCGAGCAGGCAACGAUGAAAAUUGCUGUGCAGAACUUAGAAAUUUUACUGCUCAGAUGAAAAAUCAAGUAGCAAAGUUCAAUGACCUUAGGUUCGUUGGCAGAAGUGGAAGAGGGAAGAGCUUCAGCAUAACGAUUACUGUUUCAACGACGCCAACCCAAGUAGCAACCUACCUUCGUGCAAUCAAAGUGACCGUGGAUGGACCACGAGAGCCUCGAUCCAAGACGAGACAACAGCAUCAGCAAUUCCGCGCGUUAGGUUUGGGGCAACGACCUUUUCUCGACGCCCCGACCCCAUUUACUGCACACCUUCGGGAGUUGGAAUCAUACCGAAGAAAUAAGCAUCACCAUCAUCACAUACAUGGUCAGCAAACCGGCAAUGGAGCUACGAGCACCGGAAAUGGAUCGUGCAACAACCCCAAUAACACAAAUCCAGCUACGUCACCCUCCUCUGGUGUACACCUAGCGACGACAGAGGGAUCCUCCACGCAUCAGGAUUGCUACAAACAUAGCCCACAGCAUGGUGAUACAAGUACAAGCGCGACGGACUGGUCGUAUACGCCAGCCGCACCAUCUUAUCCAGCACCUCCAGGAAGUGGUGGUUCCUAUUCACCAAUUCCAGGUGGAGCAUUUUCGUACCCUGGAGAGUCCCUUGCCCAUCAUCCUACCACUGAACCAGUACCUUUACCCUCUGUCCUUCCAUCGGAUGGUCAGCUGGAUGCCUAUACUCCAAAUUGUGUGUCCAUGUACCCUGGUCAUGGAGCAUCAACGACCACGUUACCCUUAGUGCCGGGAAAACACACUGAAUCGGAAAUCUUUUCCAGUGGAGGAACGGGAAGUGUCAGUCCAGGAUAUCACUACGGUUCAUGGACUCCAGGUCCAGCAACUCCCGUUCCAGUACCUUCCCACAACUACAAUCCAAACUACCAACUACCAAACUACGCUGCGCAAAACUAUAUGAGCCCAGCUCCAAUGAGUUUAUAUCAUCAGGUCUACAGUACUGUCAACCAAAAUCAAAUUCACCUUCACCUUGGCGGGGACGAAGUCACAAUCGCUAGUGGAAAUCUUACUAUUAGUAGCAACAGACUUGAAAUUGGUGUUAUGGGAGAAGAAAAUGAGCACAGAAAUGAUGUUUGGAGACCUUACUGAAGUUUUGAAAAUGGUUAAAGAGAGCCUGUCUUCAUUCAAUCGCAGGAAGGCUGAAAUAUUUUAGAAGGAGAAUUAAAAAUGAAGUCUAUUUAGAAAGGCUUCAAAUUUCAAAGACUAAGGAUCCCUGAAUCCAGUAUCUAGAAUCAAUUUUUUAAUUUCAAGGAAUUUGAACUCUCACCCCCUCAUUGUUUCUACAUAGAACUUCAGACUUUUAAGGAAAAGUGUAGGCGAGUGAACCAGUGAUAAAAUUGAUUAAAUGAUGAACCAAUUAUAAAAAUUGUGGUCAGUGUGAUAUGAAAAUAUGUAAAUUUUGUUGUAAGGGGAGGAAACUAAAAGUAUCACCUCUUUGUUAGAUCUCAUUACUUGAUUAAAAAAAGUGCGUAGUGUGAUUUUUUCAAUCAACUGGGACACUUUGUCAUGAGUGAAGGAGGAGGCUUUAAAAGUAGGUAAACUGAGAUGAGUCUUGUCAAGAUUCGAUUUUAUGAUUAUCUCAACUCUUGGCAAAGAAAUGAUAUAUUGUUGUACAUACGCAGAUAUUUUCCAUGAAAUAAAAU